AUAUAUGUUAACUAAGAUUUUAUAAACAAAUUUGUAAGAUGAUACAGAGAGGGGUGGGAUUAGUAGAAUUUUGUAGUUUUUCCUUAAAAAAUGGGAAUGUAAGGAUAUUUUAAAAAUUGCUUCAAAAUUCCAUAAAAGUAGUGAAAGGAAUGCAAAUUACUAUAGAAGUUUGAAUAGCUGAGAUGGAUUGAAUCAGUGAAAUGGAGAAAUUAGGUCAGAUAAUGAGUUUUUCUCCUUCCAGCUAGUUCAGCCAUAUGUGAAAAUAUUCUCAUGUAUAGUACUAAUAUUUGCAACUACUGACAGAUUUAAAUUUUAUCAUUAAGAAUAAGUCUGGCCCAAACAUCACCCUUUCUUGAGUCAUUCAAUAAUGUUGUAAAAGUUCCUGGGUAUAGAUGGUAAGCAAAAUAAAGGGGUAAGCCAUAAAAGGGUAAAAUUAGUUUGUAUGUAAACAUUUUAAUGGGAAAGGCUACCUUGCAUGAUUCAGCAAUCUGCCAACGUUCAUGGUUACUAAAUUUAGAUAUGAUAAACACAACAGUUAAAGAUGAGAGACAAAAUGCUGAAGUAACUAAGCAGGACAGGCAGCAUCCCUGGAGAGAAGGAAUGAGUGACGUUUCAGGUCGAGACCCUUCUUCAGAUGAGAUUGGGGUAAUGAGGUUCUGGAGAAACCUAUAACCAACUAAACAAGGAAUCAGAUGAACUAGUAACUGUCAUUGGGUUUUUUUAGGCAGCGUUGGUUUGGUAGGAGAAUGUGUAAUAUCUUCAUUAGGAGUGGGCAGUGCUUAAUUCUACAAGGCUUUGGAUAAGUUAUAGCUCUGUGAAUCACCAAACAGUCAAAGCAGCGUUGCAGAGAUCUAUAAUAUGGUAAAUUAGUAGUAGGGAUAAUGAAUUACACUAGUAAAAUAAAAAAGCUAAGCAAACUUAUUGUUUAAAAACAAAUUAUUAAUUCACCAAGUUCCUAACUUAAUGACAUGAGUGUAAAUGAGGACAUGUUGAGAACAGAGGAUAUUGAAAACAGCUCUCUGAACAAAUUAGGCUUAUCCUUGCUUAAACCUUUCAUGGGCAUCUGUACAGCAACUUAUGGAGACUUGGGGACUUGAAUAAACAAGCAACUAGAUGUCUUUAAAGCAAAACUAUACAGCAAAGAUGCAUUUUUUUGUAAUGCCAAAUGUAUAUUCCAAACUAAGAAAUAGAACAAGUUGGUGUAAAACCAGAUUCAGAAAGUGAAGAUGGGAAAGAUGCUAGAUAUGGUGGUCGGGGAAAGUGAAAAUAAAAUGCUAACUACAUUGUGAUGGAAUUAGCUAAAAGUACAUUUUCAGAGUUUAUUUGGCAGUAGUUAAUCAUUAUAUUAAAUUUAGCUUUGCCAGAAUGGGAAGGUUUACGUCUUCUAGCAUUUAUUGGUCAGUGCCGCAGCUUCAUGGCUGCCAAAGGUUUCAGAGCAGCUGACAUUGGACAGCAACUUUCUAAUUCACACAUGUAAUUAUACAAGUGUGGAUGCUGGAAAUUGUCUGGUUUGCUACUCAAUAUUAUUGUGCUCUGCUAGUUUCAUCGCUCGAAAUUGUAAAAUUUUAGACGUGUUUGCGAGGGUUGUGGUAUGAUUGUGGAUGUUUUUAGUUAAAUUCUGGAGAGAGAAACAAAUUAAUUUCCUCGUAUUCGACACAUUUGGAUAUUGUUUAAAAAAAGUAUUUAUUAAAAAAAAGCCAGACAUUUUGAGCACACGUGUGGGCAUUCUACUGAAAUUUAUUUAAAAAACUGUGAUUUUGUAAAAUAAUUAACAAAAUCAUAAUUUGUAUUUACAAAAAGCAGACAAUUUUAUUGGCCACUGAAAUAAUAAUUCUCUAUCUUGCAAGAAGCAUAAUGGUGUUUUGUAGAUAUACAUUUCCAUAUUUAGUAGUUGGAUAUUAAUUUUGCUGAAACCAUGUCCAAAGAACUUUCACAACAAUAUUGUCAGAAAUGACUAGCUGCAGUUUGGAAUAUUAGUCAAUUUGUCAGAGUUGAUGGUAAUACAUGUCAAAAAUGCGUCUCUAUAUAGUGAUUAGGGAGAAAUUCAAAAAGUUGGGGUGUUAAUUGCACUUUAAUAUAUGGUUUUGUCCUGUAACUAUAGGGGUAUGAAUGGUAGCUUUGUAGAAAACUAAAAUGGAGCCAUGACAUGCACACUACAUUUGAUGGUGGCAAUGGAUCAUUUAGCCUCUUGAAUGCAAUUACUCCAGCACUUAUGUUAAAGGUGCAUUGCUGUCACUGGUACUAACAGUGCAACUGUAAGCUUAGGAUACCUGCACCAUUCAUGUGCCUCACUUGAACUUCAGAAGUGCAAAUCUUUUGGAAAACCCGUGGUUUCUCCUUUCUGCAUACGAGUGUAACUCUAGGCCUUACUAGACCUCUCAGCAACAGCUAAGAAUUUCAACACCAACAAUUUAAGCUGUGCCAAUCUUGUGGAAUGCUGCUUAAAAGAGCAUGAGAAAUAGUCAGAAGUGAAGUUAACAAGAUAAAUAUAAAGCAUCCCAGUCCUGUAGAACUGGAAUCCUGCAGGUUCAAUCAAGGCAGCAAACCAAAGGACAAAUAUUUUGCCACUCCUUACUGAUUUUUUUUUUUUGUGUUUCAUUAGCAACCAUAACGUACCUUGCUGUUGUCUGGCAUCCUUUUCUGUACACGGCUGAAUCUAACCUAUUAUAAAAAUGUUUGGCUUUAUGGAACCAGCUGACUUGGCUGUUGUAGGAUGUUAUUUUGUUCUUGUAUUGAGCAUUGGGUUUUUUGCAAUGUGGAAAUCCAACAGAAGUACCGUGAGUGGGUACUUUCUUGCAGGACGCUCCAUGACCUGGGUGGCAAUAGGUGCUUCAUUGUUUGUGAGCAAUAUUGGCAGUGAACACUUUAUUGGUUUAGCAGGAUCUGGAGCAGCCAGUGGUUUUGCAGUGGGAGCUUGGGAGUUCAAUGCAGUGUUACUUUUGCAGUUAUUAGGUUGGGUCUUUAUCCCAGUCUAUAUUAGAUCUGGUGUGUUCACCAUGCCACAGUACCUUUACAAACGUUAUGGUGGUAGCAGAUUAAAGAUUUAUUUUGCUUUGUUGUUUUUACUAUUAUAUGUUUUCACCAAGCUUUCUGUGGACUUGUAUGCCGGUGCACUGUUCAUCCGAGCAUCACUGGGUUGGGAUCUAUAUAUUUCUAUCAUCAUUUUGAUUGGAUUGACUGCAGUAUUAACUGUCACAGGAGGACUUGUGGCUGUCAUCUACACGGAUGUCAUGCAGGCCGUUCUUAUGAUUGGUGGAGCUUUAACACUGAUGGUUGUCGGUAUGGUCAAGGUUGGAGGCUUUGAGGAAAUGAGACGAAAAUACAUGCUCGCCUCACCAAAUGUUACUGCCAUAAUUUCUUCCUUCAAUCUAAGUUCUACGAACACUUGCCAUAUUCACCCAAAAGAAGAUUCUCUGAAGAUGCUGCGUGAACCAACUGAUGAGGAUAUUCCUUGGCCUGGUUUUCUGUUGGGUCAAACACCAGCUUCUGGUUGGUAUUGGUGCGCUGAUCAAGUCAUUGUGCAACGAGUCUUGGCAGCAAAGAACAUCGCUCAUGCCAAAGGAGCCACUCUGAUGGCUGGUUUUCUGAAACUUUUGCCCAUGUUUAUCAUAGUCAUUCCGGGGAUGAUUUCCAGGAUUCUCUUUACCGAUGAGGUUAUUUGCAUUAAUCCAGAACACUGCAUGCAAGUAUGUGGUAGCAGUGCAGGUUGCUCAAAUAUUGCAUACCCACGCCUGGUGUUGGGAAUCUUACCGGCAGGCCUUCGUGGCCUCAUGAUGGCGGUCAUGAUUGCAGCCUUAAUGAGUGAUUUGGAUUCUAUAUUCAAUAGUGCCAGCACAAUAUUCACCCUUGACAUCUACAAGCAUCUUCGAAAAGUUGCCAGCUCUCGAGAACUUAUGGUGGUUGGUCGCUUAUUUGUUAUCUUCAUGGUGGGCAUAAGUAUUGCCUGGGUUCCUAUAAUUGUAGAGAUGCAAGGAGGACAAAUGUAUCUCUACAUCCAAGAGGUAGCAGAUUAUCUCACACCGCCUGUGGCAGCAGUGUUCCUACUUGGUAUUUUCUGGACACGCUGUAACGAGCAGGGGGCUUUCUGUGGAGGGCUACUUGGAUCGAUGAUGGGAAUAAUCCGCUUGAUUCUUGCUUUUGUUUAUCAAGUGCCAGACUGUGAUCAGCCUGACACAAGACCGAGCUUUAUCAGAAACAUUCACUAUAUGUAUGUGGCAACAGUUCUAUUUUGGAGCACCAUCAUUACAGCAGUCGUUGUGAGUCUGCUGACACCUGCUCUUCCGAAAGAAUAUACUCGAAAUACCACAUUCUGGUCAUUAAAAGACUUGGACAACAUUAAAAGCUCCCAGGCAGAUGAAUCGAAUAAAAUAGAGAAUCGAACGGUGUCUGAAUAUAACGGGAGUACCACAUGCACGGAUAAAUCUGAUUGUAAUCGCAAGGAUACUGAUGGAAUAGAAUUAGUUCUAUUAAUGCCUGGAAGUGAUGAUUCCAAAUCUUUGUGUUCCCCAUCCAACAUCGAAGCACUGACUACAAAUGAUGGUUAUUUAAAUGGUCAAACCUCUGUGGACCAAGAAACUAAAGAGGAACCUCAACUGGAAAGAAGCAAGUGGUGGAAAGUUAUUGACUGUAUUUGUGGACUAAAAAAUUAUGAUGUGACAGAUACAGUAGCGAUAAAUACUGUAGAAGACGAACGCAUUUGCAAAGAAAUGCUUCAAGAGAGCCCCAGGAUUAAAAUACUGUUAAAUAUUGGCCUUGUAGUUGUAUUAUCUUCUGGAAUAUCUAUGUUCAUUUAUUUUUCUUUGUAAAAUCAGUCUGCAGGUUUAAGUGAAUGCAAUUUUGGUUGUGAAGAUUUCUAUAUUCCUUUUGUUGGCCUGGAUAGUGAACCUUUAUCAUAAAAUCAAAUUGAAGUGCCCAAUGUGAACUUGGUAGAUUUAAGUCGUAGGCAUUAAAAUUGACCUUGUUGCCUUGUAUUGAGGUGGAAAAUUACAGUGUUUCAUCUUCUGACUUGCUAUUCUGCAAUUACUACUGGAAACACAAGGAAGGGUUUCAACUGAGGGUCAGCAUAGAAUUCACUCGUGAUUUUGGUUACUCUUAUUGAAUGCUUUUUACGAUGGUCAUUGUCAAACUCAUUGGGACAUUUUGACGUGCAACAUAAAAGACCAAUGGCCAUUAUGAAAACGGCGAAUCAGUACUUUUUAGAGGGGAAAAUUGGGAUUUGGAAAUUAAAUCCAUAACUAACAUAAUUUGGGGGUUUUAUAAUUUAUUAAUCAGCUUUUUUUCUCUGCAAUACUUGUAAACUAUAUACAAAUAAGAUAUCAUUGUUUUUAUUUUUUAUUUUUGUUUCAUGUUGAGAAACUUUUGAAAUGUAUGUGGCUCCAAUAAAGCCCAUUGAUGAACACAGUUAAAAUUCGCCCCAAGUAUUUACAAUAAGUUCAGUGGACAGUAAAAUAAUUUAAUAUAGUUUAAUGACAAAUAAAGUUCAUAGCACUAUUUCUUCCCCCCCCCCCCCCCCCCUUUAAUUUCCACAUUUUUCACUUUGCUUCAUUUUCUUGCAUACUGGCCAGCUCCCACUGAGCCUAUAAGCUGCAAAGAUAUGUUCAGCUGUGGCCUUUUCAAAAUUUGUUUCACCAUCCCAUUAUUGGAACACCCUUUUUCCAUAACAGGAGUCAGUGAAUUUUCUAGAUCAGGAUUUAGUUAAUAAAGUUUAUCAGCUUUUUUGUGUAACCUUUAGUUAAUACUAGUUCUAUUUGGGGUAGGGAUGUCAAUGUUUUUAUAUUAUGUGAUAUUAAGAACGUGUGUAAAAAAUACUGCCCUCCAAAAUAUUAAUUGCAUGAAACAACUCUGAAGAUGACGCCCAAAUGCAAAUUCCUUUCUUAUAGGUCAACAAAAGGAUCAUAGUUUCUUUGUGUAACGAUUAUUGUAUACUGUAGCUUUUAUUAUGGAUGAAAUGGGUUAAAAAAAAGUGUCAUUUUAUAAAAUAUUUUUAGCCUGAUCCAAAAGAAACUACUUGUGCAUUAAUAUUGAAGAUGUUGACUGUUUUAAUCGGACUCUGUCAUAAUUUUAAAUGCAUUGUGGCGAGUAAAUUCUCAUUUUUGCAAAGAUGCCGGCACUAGGUUGUGAUAAACUAGGAAACGUGCAUCCUUUAGUUAAACAACAUCAGCAGCACAUGACCACCCGACCCUAUAUGUAUGAUGAUUAAAUUUGUAAAAUAUUAGUGAUUGGAUCCUGGCGAUUGGAAGAAUAUGUGAAGGGAAUCAUCUACUCGCUAGUCUCAAAACAACAUGGUAGCUUUAGUUGAGUUUUGUUCUCUAUCCUUAUAGCUUAAUAUCUUUGUCGAUUUCUCUCUAUUUGUCAUUUCUGUCAGUCAUGCUCUUCCUUAAUUAAUUAGUGUUUAUUUUUAAGACAUAUUUGAAAAGAUGAAUGUAGUUUGUUAAAAUAUAAGCUAAAGUAGAGGUCGUGGUUGCUGAAAAUAAUUGUAAGGUCAUACCAGGUCAGUCUAACUAAGAGGAGCUCAUUUCAAAUGAGAGUUUUCUGCCAAAGAAAGCAACAUCAGGAAUAUGCUAUAAAUUAUAUAUUCUGCCAUAGACAUGCCUAUCACUUUUUAAUAUGGAGGAAAAGCUUUGUGUAAGGACAAAUGUAUAGAUUGCUGUGCAAGUACCAAUUGUUGGCCUUAUUGGAAGAGUAUAUAAUGAACAUGAUUUGCUAAAAUGUGCGAAGCGUACUUGCAAAAUAGCAUUUAUCCAAAGUAUUUAUCCUAUCACCAGCAAAUAACAUUUUGGAUUUAUAUAGGUACCAGCUUGUGUCUUGUGCAUACUGACAUUCCUACCUUGAUACCCAAAUGUUGACCAGCUUCACAAAGCACAAAUAAAUAUGGGGCACAGACAGACAUAGUUAACACACUUUUGGUGUGAUCUAGUGAAACCUUGAGGUGCCUGAAGAGGUGUUGACCAAUUUUAGGAAUUUAAAGGAGUAAAUAAAAUAAGAAUGCUGAAAAUACAUACCAGGACUAUGUGUGCCUUGAUUUAAAAGUAUGAUUUUAUUUUUUUUAAGAUGAGGUCUCCUUAUUCAGAAUUGGAAUUUGGGAGGUUCUUAGCAAAAUUCAGGAGUUAUCUUCAAACUUAUUAGAUCAAUAAUCAUGAUUUUCUUCUAAAACUCUUGGUUAUUUGUUUUUUAACCUGACAUUUGUAAUAAAAGCUUCAUUUUAAAGUAUUGUUUGUAAUGUUUUAAAAUUAUUUGACAUGCUUAAACUGUCAGUUGUACUUUGACAUUGUUUGGACAUUCAUAGCAACUCCACUGUUGCUAUUCAUAGUAACUCCAGUGAGUGUAAACCAUCCACACAAGUUAAACAAUUUAUAGAAUGCUCCAUGAACUUGAUUGAAUUGCCAAGACUUUAUUUCUUGUUCCCAGAAAAACAAUCACCAUAGAUACAAUAGAGCAAAAAAAAAGUAGAACUUCUGAACAAUUGCCAACAAUGAGA